CCAUAGUCUCUUUUAAAGAAAAACAGCGAUGGUUUCUGCCGUUGUGAUCUGCCACCCAGCAAACUGAUUGGAGCCAAUCUGACGCCCCGUUACUGCUAACGGAGACACGUACUUACUGUUACCUGCAGCAGCUGUUGGUGAUUGAAGAGGGGGUUCCCUGGAAAUGGAGUCUGGACAAGCUGGAUCCAGAUCCCCUCUACUUAAAAGAGGAACCAGAGGAACUGUGGCCCAAUCAGGAUGCAAAAAGAGUGAAAAAAGUUGGAAUGACAACAGGGCACAUGGGUCAGGUGUAAACGAUGAUGUAGAGUGUAACACUGCCAACAACUCCCUCAGCUGCUCUGAAUGUGGUGAAAAGUUUCACGACCAACAAUCUCUCCAGAGACAUUUAACAGAGAAUUCUUUGAGUUGUUUAAAGCAUAAGAAAUGUUUUAAAGUAACACAAAAUAUAAAUUUGCGUAGAGGAGUUCACACAGGGACAAAAGCAGUUAAAUGUGAUGUUUGUGGUCACAUCUGUAGUCAUAAAAGAAAACUUGUGCUACACAUGAGAAUUCACACAGGAGACAAACCAUUUAGGUGUGAGGAAUGUGGACAAAGAUUUAAUCACAAGACACACUUAAACCGACACAUGAAAAUCCACACAGGAGAAAAGCCAUUCAGCUGUGAUGAAUGUGGAAAAAGAUUUAGUUACAAGUCAAGCUCAAUACGACACAUGAGAAUCCACACAGGAGACAAACCAUUCUACUGUAAGGAAUGUGGACAAAGAUUUCGUGUAAAGACAAGCUUAGACCAACACAUGAGAAUCCACACAGGAGACAAACCAUUCAGCUGUGAUGAAUGUGGACAAAGAUUUAGUCAAAAGACAAGCUUAAACCAACACUUGAGGAUCCACACAGGAGACAAACCAUUCAGCUGUGAUGAAUGUGGACAAAGAUUUAGUCAAAAGACAAGCUUAAACAAACACAUGAGUAUCCACACAGGAGACAAACCAUUCAGCUGUGAUGAAUGUGGACAAAGAUUUAGUCGCAAGACAAGCUUAAACCAACACAUGAGAAUCCACAGAGGAGACAAACCAUUCAGCUGUGAGGAAUGUGGACAAAGAUUUAGUCGCAAGACAAGCUUAAACCGACACAUGAGAAUCCACACAGGAGACAAACCAUUCAGCUGUGAUGAAUGUGGACAAAGAUUUAGUCAAAAGACAAGCUUAAACCAACACUUGAGGAUCCACACAGGAGAAAAACCAUUCAGAUGUGAUGAAUGUGGACAAAGAUUUAGUCGCAAGACAAGCUUAAACCAACACAUGAGUAUCCACACAGGAGACAAACCAUUCAGCUGUGAUGAAUGUGGACAAAGAUUUAGUCAAAAGGCAAGCUUAGACAUACACAUGAGAAUCCAUACAGGAGACAAACCAUUCAGUUGCGAGGAAUGCGGACAAAGAUUUAGUCACAAGUCAAACUUAAACAAACACAUGAGAAUCCACACAGGACAGAGACCAUUUUCCUGUGAGGUCUGUGGUGAAUUAUUUAGGUGGCCUGUCUCUGUAAAAAGACACAUGCUUGUCCAUGCAAAAUAGAAAUGGCACUUUGAGAAUGUUCUAAAAUUUAAAGUGCGUUAUGAAUUUAUUAUUAUUAUUAUUAUUGUCACGGAAGCCGGUCAUUGCUGCCCCCUGAGGCUCGUCACACAUGCAAAUGCCAGUCCUGCCUGUUCGGAGUGGCUUGACCAGACGCACCCUCGUCUCCUUCCCUCUGGUUGGCUCAUCACCCAGCCAAUCACAUCGCAGCCUGCCAGCAACCAGGAAAUAAAGGACUGCUGCUGUGUUCAUUCUGGGGGGAGAAGCUGUUUAGCACAGAUGGUUCCCCCUCAGCUUGACAGAAUUGUGGUGGCUUUUGACUGUUUGCUGUGCUUAGUGGUGGCAUUUUGGCACGUAGAAUACUCGGAGUUUUCAGCAGGGUUAAACCUGACUGUUUAUGUUGUCAGUUUAAUAAUAAUUACUAAUUUCAUUUUGGUUUUGCCUUCGAUAGCAUACAACUGCUUUGGCUACUUUUUGAGCUUGAGU